AUGGGGAAGACUAAUCAGUCUUUCGUGACAGAAUUUGUCCUGUUGGGGCUUUCUGACUACCCAGAGCUGGAGGCUAUUUACUUUGUUCUAGUCCUGUGUAUGUACCUAGUAAUCUUGCUGGGAAACGGAGUGAUAAUUAUCGUCAGCAUUUGCGAUUCCCACUUGCACACCCCCAUGUACUUUUUCCUCUGUAACUUAUCCUUCCUGGACAUCUGCUAUACCAGUUCUUCUAUUCCACUUUUUCUCAGCAGCUUCGUAACUUCCAAGAAAACCAUCUCCUUCCCCGGAUGUGGAGUGCAAAUGUUCCUGUCAUUUGCUAUGGGAGCCACAGAAUGUGUCCUUCUAAGCAUGAUGGCUUUUGACCGCUACGCGGCUAUCUGCAAUCCUUUGAGAUACCCCAUCAUUAUGAGCAAAACUUCUUAUGUGCCCAUGGCUGCCGGGUCCUGGUGUGCAGGGGCUAUCAAUUCUGUGCUGCAAACUUCUCUUGCGAUGCGACUUCCUUUCUGUGGGGAUAAUGUCAUUAACCAUUUCACUUGUGAAAUCUUGGCUGUCUUAAAAUUGGCCUGUGCUGAUAUCUCGGUCAAUGUCAUCAGCAUGGUCGUAGCUAAUAUUAUUUUCCUCGUGGUUCCAGUACUUUUCAUUUUUGUUUCCUAUGUUUUCAUUCUCUCCACCAUCCUGAGGAUUCCUUCUGCAGAGGGGAGGCGCAAAGCCUUUUCAACCUGUUCUGCCCACCUAACGGUUGUGAUUAUAUUCUAUGGGACCAUCCUCUUCAUGUAUGCAAAACCCAAGGCUAAAGACUCUUCUGGUGUAGACAAAGUACAAGUCACAGACAAGAUCAUUUCCCUCUUCUAUGGAGUAGUGACACCUAUGCUCAACCCGCUCAUUUAUAGCUUGAGGAACAAAGAUGUGAAGGCAGCUGUGAAAAAUAUCUUAUGUCAGAAACGCUCUUUCGAGGACAUGUAA